CGGCAGUCCUGAACAAUUGUGAAGUUUUCAGACUUUCUCUGUGCUGGCUAAGAAACUGCUCAGAGCUAAGGAGCUAAGUUACUGCCAAAAUGUGCAAAGGACUUGCAGCUUUGCCUCACUCAUGCCUGGAAAGGGCCAAGGAGAUAAAAAUCAAGUUGGGAAUCCUCCUCCAGAAGCCAGACGCGGCCACUGACCUUGUCAUUCCAUAUAAUGAGAAGCCGGAGAAGCCAGCCAAGACCCAGAAACCCUCGCCGGAGGAGGCUCUGCAGUGGCGCGAUUCUCUGGACAAACUCCUGCAAAACAACUAUGGACUUGCCAGCUUCAAAAGCUUCCUGAAGUCUGAAUUCAGUGAGGAGAAUCUUGAGUUCUGGAUUGCCUGUGAGGACUACAAGAAGAUCAAAUCCCCUGCCAAGAUGGCUGAGAAGGCAAAGAAAAUUUAUGAAGAAUUCAUCCAAACAGAGGCACCUAAAGAGGUGAAUAUUGAUCACUUCACGAAGGAUAUCACAAUGAAGAACCUGGUGGAACCUUCUCUGAGCAGCUUUGAUGUGGCACAGAAAAGAAUCCACGCCCUGAUGGAAAAGGAUUCGCUGCCUCGCUUCGUGCGCUCUGAGUUCUAUCAGGAGUUAAUCAAGUAGUAACUUACUUGGGCUAUGAGGAUCAUCCUGUGAGUUCUUCUUCCACAGUAACACCUGCAUUUCCAGCAACCUGCACAUCUGCCUAUAGCAGCUUUGCUCAAAACUACCCAAACAGGGAAAAUCCCAGGGACCGCUGCUUGCACUUUAUGCCCAUUUUGUUUUGGAUGUUUAUCUAUUGUCUGAGUUCCUUCCUUCCCCAGUUUUUUUUCUACCCCAUUCUUCAUAAGCCCUACUCAAUCUGUUUUUGUCAAACCUAAUCAGAUCACAAAAAAAAUUGCCUAGAGCAAGAAAAAUUACCAUGAGAAUAUACUAUCACUGAAAAUGUGUUCAUAUUUGGUUUGGGUAUUGGAUCUCUACUUAAAUUGGUCUGUGAAGAAUAGAUAUAUGUGGAAAGUCUAAUUUCUAGUGAGAUUACUUGAUGUCACUCAUUUUAAUUCUAAUCCAGGGUCAGUUCUCUAUUUCUGAACUUGGUUAGUAAAAGGUAAAAUGUGUAAGAUUUUUAAGGGGCAGCCACGAUUUCCCUUUUUUUUCAAUUUUUUACAUCUUUGUUCAUUUUAAAAAAUAUUUUAUUUUAUAUAAUUCUUACAUCAUUUUUCAUUUUCGCACAAUGUAUGCAUUACUCAGCAAUCAAAAAAGAUAAACAUGCAGUUUGCAGCAACAUGGAUGGAGCUAGAAGGGAUCAUGCUCAGCAAAGUAAGUCAGAAAGAAAAAGAAAAAUACUCAUAGCAAGAAUUUAGAAAACCUAAAUAAGAGACCAGGAAAAAGACUAAUUAAUACAAAGUAAAAAUCAAAUUCAACAAGCAACUAUAAACCAGAGACACACUACAGGGGCGGGGUGGGAGGAAGGGGCGGGGAGAGGAAGGAUUAGGGUCAAAAUAAGGUAGGGUGUAAUUGUAUGGGGAAUAUAAUGAUUUCCCUUUUUAAGCAAACACAUUGCUGUCCAUUUCAGUGGUCUCCUACCUGUUAUCAGAGGGCUGGUACACUAAGGUGUUUAAUUAUCUUAUGAUGCCUUCUGGCUUUUAGUAAAUGAUGAGUAUCUUCAAAAUAUCAGAUGAUUGUUGGAAACAUUAGUUUGACUACAUGUUGAGGCCUUUGAAGUGAGAUGGGGUUUUAAAGUGCUCUGCAUUUUGCAAAAUAAUUUAGUCUUUUUGCAGUCCAUCUUUUCUUCCUAUUUUCCUCCCUGCAUUAAUGAGUUUAAUUAUGCCCAUUUAUGCCCAUGCACAGCUGAUUGCUAGACCAAGGUAUUUUUUUAGUAGAUUUAAGCUUUUAAUUAUAUAUCUCCUUAUUAUAAGCCUUGCUAGAAUUUAAAAAAAUAUUUAGUCUUUAGUAGAUUUGAUUAAGUAAUGAUUUAUGUAAUUUAGUGAUAAAGAGAAUGAAAGUAAACUAUGCAUGAUGGUAAACAAGAUGAGGCUAAUGAGUUCAUUUAAAAAAAGUAUUUUCUAAAGAAUUAAUAAAUUCUGCAAUCUUUAAGUAGAAGAUCACAUUGUUCAGUCUUGUAUUUUCCUCCUUUUUUCUCCCCUUUUCAUUCACACACAACUAGUGUCACAUGUUUGUUGCCCACUUACACAGUUAUUUCAUAAGAAUAUUGAAAGUGAAGCAGCUGUAUUACUCUAUUCUUCCUGUAAACACUGUGUUUGUUGAGUAUUUCUUUUUUUGGUAAUUCCAAGGAAUAAUAGGCCCUUCCUGAACAAUUGUCAUUUCAUUUUCUGAAAAUGGGUUGGAGUAACUGGUCUACAGUCAACAAUUGCUAGUGUGGUAUGAGCUCAUUCAUAUUUGUCGAUAUCACUCCCUUCAAAGAAAGACCAUCAUCAAGCAGUUGACAGCUGGGCCAGAUCAACAAAUGAAGAAGUUGUGUACAAGUGACUGCCAUUCAGUAAGACAUUUCUGGCACCACCUUUCCCGGCAACUAGCUACACUGCUAGUUGCAAAUCAGCAUAAAGUUACAGUCCUUCACUUUCUAAAGCAGCUAGAAAAUUUAAGGACCCAAGAAUCUAGGUGAAUUGUUUUUUUCAUGAAUGCCUAAACAUUUUUUAAUUUAAUUAAAAAUACAAGUAUUUUAUUCACAUCACUUGCAAUAGCCAAGUGUUUUGUGAACAUGCCCAGAGAAUUAAGUAGGACUCACCCAGAUGGUUGAUGUUACAAAGAUUCAGAUUAACUGUAUUACAAAUUGACUGCACACCUGUAAAAGUGGGUAGACUUGUCAGUGGAAGGUAAGAAAGGCCUUCAUCAUUUUAUAAGCUGCCCAGGAGGCCAGAGGCAGGAAAAGCACCACAAGAACAAUGCUAUAAAGGCUAUUAAAAAUGAAAACAUUCCAAUCAAAAAGUAAUACUUUAUAUAUAUAUAUAAAUUUAUAGCAUUACACACAGAGACAUGCACACACAUUAGAAACUCUUCUAACACAGGAAUAAGAUAUAAAAGAGUACAAAUAUUGCAGGUGACAAUGAGAUAACAAACAUUAAAAUUACCCUGGAAAAUUUCUUUGAAAGAUUUUGCAAGUGUUUUUAAACUUAGACAAAGGGAAAAAAUCCUGGUUUCUAUGGUAACACAAAGAAAAUACAUGCUUUUAAUUCUGGGAAAUUAGCAAAAGUAUGAUGAUCUUUCCAGGAAAAAAAGAUGUUUAAAAGCUAUUUAUCACUCCCUUUCCCUCCUCCUCUUCCUCCCCACUUUUUCUUGAGUAAAUUGCCUGGGAGAGUGCUUAAUGCAAGAACCUGUGGUGUUUGCAUUUUCCUUCCCUGUGAAAAUGUAACUACAGCUGUAUGUGCAACUGGGAUGUGUAGAGGUGGUGGAACCAAACUGUGGUUAAUGGGAAUAGGAGUUUAUGCUUCUCACUCUUGAGAGAAACCUAAGAUAUGGUCAGGCAGUGAAUGGGCCAUAACCUAUGUUUUUCUGCCUGGGUUUGCUAUAGUUUGGGGGUCCCAUUAGAUUAGAAUCUAAAUUAGACCCCAACAGAGAUGACUAGCAACUCUACAGUAAAUUAGGGGCUGUGUUACAUGUAUGUGUAUGAAAGCAGCACUUAUUCAUGUGAAUUACCCCCCCUCCACACACACACACAUUCUCUCACUGAUAAACAUAUUCUGAAAUGCAGAACUGACUGAGGAAUUUCAGUAACUUUGCUUUCAAACAUUUAAAUUGCAAAAACCCAUAGAAUCAAAUGUAUUGAAAUCUUUUUACCCCACUUCCCAGACCCUGAGUACUGCCAUUACCUGCUAUAUAAUAUUUGCUUUAAGUAGACCUGAGUUUUUAAUGUAUAAAGAGAACUUGUUUUCAUUUUUAUCUAUUGCAAAGCCCUGGAUUUUGCUUGGCCCAUGUAUUCUCUAUAAACACUCCAUUUCAAAAGUGUGAAGUUACUAGCCCUCUCCCCAAAAAUAAUAGAUGGCCAGAAGUUCAACAAAAACUUGAUUACUAGCAAAUCAACCGGUAAACUAAUAACCAUUCCCUGCCAGGGCUUUGCUAUCUAUGCCUUACAAAUUUGAUGAUAAGAUUAAUUUAAGAGCUUACUUAUAUUUCAGGAAAUGAUUUUUACCCUGAAUAAAUCCCAUCAAGCAGACUCUUUCCUGUGUUUCUUGGGAACUCAGAAGGUUUGGGACAGAAAGGGCCACGAGCGUAAAGGCGAGAAAGCGGAGAAUGGUAAAGCAGCGAGCACCUGGCCUUGUGAAGUGAACACAGUAGGAAGCAUUGAAGGGCAACUUUGCUGCUUGUAGUCGGCAAGAUUUGCAGGAAGGUAUUUGUUUACUCACAGACCAGCAUCCUAGGGAGUCUCAACUAGAGGAAUGAACAAAUGUGGAGGGAGGACCCACUUUCCCCAUUUGGCUUGCAUGUGCAGAAAGUAGAGUGGGGAGAACUCAGUUCCUAACAACCUAGUGUCCAAACCCAAGGGCCAGGCAACUCUGUAGGUUCUGGACAUGAGGUUUUGAUGCAAAUCGGUCUGAUCUGACUGAAUUGCUGUUAGACCUUCUGGUUUUCUAGUCUCUCCAUUCAGUUAAGUAAGAAAGUAUUUGACACUGUUUAGACAAGGCUCUUUAAUUAACAGUAUAACAACUGCUACUUAGAUUCAAUAUACUUUCACUCAAGUAGGUCGAGACCAGAGCAAUAGAUAUUGAAAGGAACGCUUUCCUUCGUAACAGUUAACCAUCCCGGAACUGAAAAGAUCAGCUCUUUCAACUGAGGAGCCAUUUGUGGGUUUGAGUGGAAACACAUAGCAGAGAGUGAAAGGAAAAAAAAAUUAAGGAGAGAACGUUAGCCUUACUUCACAGUUUAAUAAUAAUUAGUUAUUCUUAUAACAGAGAAGCUAUGAAUUCACAACUUAGCAUUCACAUACAGCUUAAAGUUACUUGUCUCACCAGGAUAUCCCCUCUAACUUCCCUUCUUUACUCCCAGUCUCUUCUCUCCCUUCCAGAAGGAAACACUUAAAAAAUAUGGGUCUAGCCACAGUUAUGUAAUAAUGAGUACAUUUAAAGCAUUUAACUAUCUAGGAAAUGUAUGGCUUAAGUGAUACUAAGACAACGGGAAACGCUGAUCAAUUUUCCAAACGAGAGAAACAAUCUGGAUAAUUUUUGGCAAAAGUUCUUGUUAUAUUACACAGUAUCAGAUUUAAAGGGAACUAAUUUUUUUAAUGCUACAACUUAUAACUCAUCUUCAGGAAACAUCUCCCAGAGAAAGAUGUUGGAAAGAAAAGUUUGGAAAUAAAUUCAUCAGCACUUACCCAGUACAUUUUUCACUUAGAAACAAUUGUGUUUAUCUUCUAAUUUUGUAUCUGCUACAUUGUAUACCCUGUGACUCAGUCAUUGAUAAAUAAAGCACCAAAUAUGUAUCUGUAACCAAGAUCACAUAUAUAUUAUAUUAAAUAUAUGUCUAUGUUACAGUCUCA